AAUUAACUCACCCUCCACUUCUCGAGUUGAAAGCUCGGGAAAGUCUCCAAAUCGUACGUUACUUCCACUGCCUUUGCUCCGAGUCACGACUCAACCUCAAAACCCUAGAAAUCUCUCAAAGGUAACUGAGAAUGUCUCGAGUUUACGUUGGGAACUUGGACCCGCGGGUUUCGGAAAGGGAACUCGAAGACGAAUUCCGCACCUACGGCGUUCUCAGGAGUGUUUGGGUUGCACGGAGACCACCUGGGUAUGCCUUUAUUGAGUUUGAUGAUAAGAGGGAUGCUCUUGAUGCAAUUCGUGAUCUUGAUGGGAAGAAUGGCUGGCGUGUGGAGCUUUCGCACAAUUCUAAAGAAGGCAAUGGCAGGCGUGGAGGAGGUGGAGGGGGUGGGGACUUGAAGUGUUAUGAGUGUGGUGAACCAGGUCAUUUUGCACGAGAAUGCCGUUCGCGCCUUGGUUCACGGGGUUUGGGGGGUGGACGUUAUCGUAGCCCCAGUCCUCGACGCCGCGGUAGUCCAAUUUAUGGGCGAAGGAGUUAUAGCCCGGUGGGGAGAAGGUCCCCACGCCGACCUAGCUACAGCAGGUCACCUCCUUAUCGCCGCUCUUACCGUGAUUAAUUUUCACUUCUGGGUUGUAUUUUGGCAGAGACUAUAAGCUGGGGGAAGACUUGAAUCAACAUGCAGGUGGAAAGGAAAGGAUGAGAUCUCUGCUACACUGUAGUCCUGAUAGUAUUGGUUAAGAAGAGAGAGUAGAGUUUUAUGAAUUCUUGUCGAGACAAUUGGUGUGUUUUGAACUUGGCUUUGGAUGGUUUCUACAGUUGUUUUUGCCGCCGAAAGGGGUGCUUUGGACUGUUUGUGUCGCCCUGCUCUCCUCAGCCGCUCAGCGUACUGGAGGUUUCUUUUAUACUUUAAACUGUCUACUAUCACUGCUUAUAUUUUUUGCGUUGACUUUCUUGACCGAAUCGAUGCAUUCACGUGGAUGUCCGUGAACUAAAUACUGUGUCGUUUGUUUUGAGUUCGAUUUUAGGCGAAAUCAGCAAAUUUUGCCUCC